AUGGCAUCGUCCACUCUCAAUAUACACUCUCGACAUGAUGACCAACCAGCACCUCAGUCUACCGAGUCAGCAUGUGCCAACCUCACAGAAUUUGGGUCGGUAUUAUACGAACCUUAUUAUAGUCUUUUGGAGAAUUACGAAAGCAAUAUCGCUAAUGGGUUCAUUCCUGUGUCCUCGGAGUUCGACGAAAUUGAGAUAGCCAGUUUAUUUACAGUAUUACAACAACGGUGCUCCUCGCAUGAGGAAGAUGAACCCUUACCGAUGCACCUACCUCACCCCAUUGAUGCCGACGCCAACGUGUUAAUCAUGCCAGUGGAAUCACCGGAAGUCGAUCUAAGACAUGAGAUAAGCCUCGAAGAGCUAGAUCAGCUUUGUUCGAAUGCUUGGGAGCCCCUCGUGCCCUGCACCCUUUGCGAAACGAACUUCAAAUCCAGAAAGGCCAAGCUGGUAAGAUGUCACAACAUGAUUGAGAGCAUCCAAGAUAUUAAUGGGCAAUAG